AUGAAGACUUCUCUGAUUGCGUUCGGUGCCCUCCUCGGCCUGACCUCUGCCCAGAAUGCUAUCGUGAAUAACGACUGUAGCACCACCGUGUACGUGCAGUCGUUCCCCUACGAUGGCAGCGCCCCCGGCCCUCUGACAACCAUUCCCUCGGGCGGAACAUUCUCAGAGAAAUUCAGAGCCUCUGGAUCGACCAUCAAGAUCGCCAAGACCAAAACGCUGGAUAAGCCUCUCUUCUUUGGCUAUUCAUUCUCUUCUAACCCAGACUAUGCGUACUAUGAGCUGAGCAAUGAAUGGGGUAACCCCUUCGCGGCAAACCACAACACGCUGAGCCCCGGAGAAGGCUGCGAGGAAUUUGACUGCGCGGCCAACGAUGCUGGCUGCUACAGUACGCCGGCUCACCAGAAGGUCUAUGGUUGUCCCCAGCCGGUUACUUUGACGGCGUCACUGUGUGUAUAA